CAUCCAUGCGCAUACCGUGGAGACACAUACACAUACACAUAUAUUUAUACAACUAUUAUCAAGAGAGUUUGCAAAGCAAAGAACAAUUUCUUAUUAAGAAGAAAUGGAUGAUGAGCAAGAUAGAUUGUUGCCUAUUGCCAAUGUGGGUCGGAUGAUGAAGAAAAUCCUGCCACCAACUGCCAAGAUUUCCAAAGAAGCAAAACAAACCAUGCAAGAAUGUGCGACAGAAUUUGUAAGUUUUGUAACUGGUGAGGCAUCUGAUAAGUGUCAGAAAGAGAACCGCAAGACAGUGAACGGAGAUGACAUCUGUUGGGCUCUCAUUUCUCUAGGGUUUGAUGACCAUGCAGAGGCUAUGGUAAGGUACUUGCAUAAAUAUAGAGAGGCUGAAAGAGAGAGAUCCACUAACCAACAUAAAGCUUCUGGCACUGACCAAGGUGAAGAAUCCAACCAUGAAAGUAAGCAGCCAAAGCAACCAAUUGAAGCUCCUAAUAACGGAGUAGAAUUUAGGGUUCUUGAGAAGGGCAACAGCAGCUCUUUCACAAAUCCUUCCUGAGAAAUAAUGUCCACUCUUUAUGAUGAAGUAAUGAAGAAAGAAGAUCGAGAAGAAGAAGAACAUGAAGACCGUGAUGUACAAAAAAGACAAAUUUUGGAGAUUUACCUGCUUGAUAAAGAUUUAGAUCUCUUGACAAGGUUUGAUAUUUGAAGUUUUUGACUUUAAAAAGCUUUGACAAAUCUGUAUAAUCUGAGGUAAUAUUUAAUAUAUAUUUCUCCUGAGCUUAGGGUUUCUUCGUCUUAUCUCUUAACUUCUCCUUUACAGUGAAGGGGGGAAAUCUGUAUAAUUUUAGCUAUGCUUCGAAUCGCAUGCUUCACUUAAGUAGCAAAGUUUUUGGUGUCUGUCAUUUUCUCAUAAUUUCUAGCUUGAGGCCUGUGAUUGUUGUACACAUAUGACAAGUUAGCUUCUUGUUCAUAACUUUGAGAAAUACGAGCUUCACAAGAAAGAUUUUUGAAAUUUGUACUGUAAGCAAUGCUCAAGCUAUAAUAGAACCUUUUUGUUGUUGCUUUUGAGUAAGAA